AUGUCAAAUAUUUAUUCAGAUCAUUAUAUUUAUAACGGCAAACUUGGAUUCUUCAGUGGCAUUUCAUUAACAGUUUUAGUAACUCAUCUAUUAACUGAGAAUCAAUCUAAAACUUCAACAAUUUACCAAUUAUUAACAAAAUUUUUUGAUUCUUAUUCUCAAAAUUAUCAAAAAAUCAGGGUAAUCGGACAAGAAAAUGCUGAAGAACCGGAACCGAUUAUUCUCGAAGAAAAUACAAAAAAUUACGAUAUUAAUUUAGAUUGGAAUAUUAAGAAAGAAAUUAACGAUCGAACAAAUCUUUAUUUAAAUCUUGAGAUUCUGAAUAAUCAAAAAUUAGAAAAAAUGAAAAAACACGCAAAAUUAGUUUGGCCAAUAAUAACGCCCGGCUUUCCUAAACAAAAUGCUGGAUUUAACGUUAAUCUUUCUACGAGGACUAUUAUUUGGAAGGAAAUGAAUAAUGCUAAACAGCUUUUGCUGAACAUGAGAGGAGCAGUGAGUAAGGCAAAUCAAAGAAAGUCAAAAAAUAAAGUUGAAUUAGAUACAUAUUUAAAAAGGCAAUGGGAAGAUUUGCUAAAUAUUACGCAUGAUUUUUCGAAAAAAUAUCACAACUAUCUCGCUCUUGUCUGCACCUACUCCUCUUCAAAUCUAUAUGGAGAGGAUUUUUGUGAUUUUUCAACUACAAGAAUCCGUCUCCAAUUACUUUUUACAAUAGAAACAGAAACUGGAGCUAUCUGUCAUGCAAAUUUACAAAAACCCAUUAAAGAAAUGCAAGAAUGCCCUCAAGAAUUUAAGAAAAAAGGAUGGUUGUGUAUAAUUUGGUUAGUGGGAAUUGAAUAUGAAGAAACAGAUGGGGAAAGCCGAAUAAAAGAUCUUGACAAAAUAAAUAAUGCUGAGGGUAAAAAUAUUCUUGUCGAAUUUAAAGAAAAAAUUAUGGAAUCUUACAAGCCUUAUAUAAAGGAUGCACAUGGUUUUAAAUUUAUAAGAGAAAAACAAGAAAAAAUAAAAGCUGACCUAGGAUUUUAUGUAAAAUAUUUAAAUAGAGAGGAGGUUACUAAAUGGACGUUGAUUUAA